ACAAGCUUCUCUUUCUUUUCGUUAUCUUCUUUGCUAUUGCUUUCUUUACUAAUGGUUGGCGUUUGGUAAAUGACUCUUAGAGGAACGUCACACUCUUUUCUCAAGAGAUUUGUUUUAUAUAAACAACUGAAUCAUGUUUUGGUUUCCCCCAAAAUGCGACACGCGAUACAACGGCGGGCACUAGUCUGCGCCUAUCAGUCUUAAACAAGAGCUGUGAUCCGUCGGAAGUAGUCAAAGCAUUUUGGAUAAUUAAAAUUUCUUGUUUCAAGUACUUCUACUUUAAAGUUUCGUAUGAAGAGAAGUAGUUCUAAACCCUUCCCUAGAAUGUUGAGCGAAGGCGGUAGGUUUGGCCUACCACGUGGUAUCGGACAGCAGACUUACGGAGCGAUGGGAAGUACGGUAGGCCCCUCAACAGAUAGCUCAUUCGCCGGCCCCAGGGAAACUGAGUUCAAGUCGCUAAGUGCUACAAUUGCCGCCAACACGUUGCAAGUGAGACAAAGUUGGGAAUACCUGAAGAAGAUGGCACCAAUGAUUGGCUCACCGAAGGACACUCGGUCGCUGCGUUACAAAAUUCACGAUAAUCGAACGGAAUCAAAUCAACGGAUCCUUACGACCGCACAAGAUCUGGAGCUUCUAAAAACGUUGGUUCCAGGAGGGGACAAAGAGAAGCGACUACAGGCGGAGUUACUUCAAUCCAAGUUUACGGAAGUGAAGCAAGCGUAUACCACGAGCCAGCAGUACAUCGCAGAUAAGAUGAAGCAGGUGCUACCAGUAAAUGAGAUUAUCGAAAAUCAAGUGAGUGACGAUGGUGGAGAUGACUCGGACGACAGCAGACCUGAGCUUCUCCAGAAGCAGAUACCGAUCAGACCAGCAGUGUAUUUGGAAAACCAGCGGUUACUCGAUCGCGAACAGGAAAUACUUGGCAUCGAGACAGCCGUGGUGGAUGUGAACCACAUAAUGCGCGACCUGAGCAACCUUUUGAACCAGCAGGCUGAAGGCAUCGAUUCUAUUGAAAACUCCAUCGCCGUCGCAGCCGAAAACGUGGAGAAAGGCACAGAUGAAUUAGAUAAAGCAGCUACCAUUCAGAAAAAAAUUAGGAGCAAAGUUUUUAUACUCCUGAUCAUUGCUGUGAUACUAGCCUUUAUCAUUUCUGCUACUAUCAUCUGGUAGCUAAAAAGUUAGACCUUUCGUUACAUUAUUACAAAUUCUUUUACAU